AUGGGCUCCUUGGAAGAGGUGCUCCUGUAUGACAGCCCCAAGGCCCGGCAGGAGGUGGACCACCACUGGCAGGCCUCAGGAGGCCCCCACAUCGUGCGCAUCCUGGAUGUGUAUGAGAACAUGCAUCACAGCAAGCGCUGUCUCCUCAUCGUCAUGGAAUGCAUGGAAGGUGGUGAGCUAUUCAGCCGGAUUCAGGAGCGUGGCGACCAGGCUUUCACUGAGAGAGAAGCUGCAGGAAUCAUGCGGGAUAUUGGCACUGCCAUCCAGUUCCUGCACAGCCGGAACAUCGCCCACCGAGACGUCAAGCCUGAAAACCUGCUCUACACGUCCAAGGAGAAAGAUGCAGUACUCAAGCUCACUGACUUUGGCUUUGCCAAGGAGACCACCCAAAAUGCCCUGCAGACACCCUGCUACACUCCCUAUUAUGUGGCUCCUGAAGUCUUGGGUCCAGAGAAGUAUGACAAGUCGUGUGACAUGUGGUCCCUGGGCGUCAUCAUGUACAUCCUCCUGUGUGGCUUCCCGCCCUUCUACUCCAACACGGGUCAGGCCAUCUCCCCAGGGAUGAAGAGGAGGAUCCGCCUGGGCCAGUAUGGCUUCCCCAAUCCUGAGUGGUCGGAGGUUUCUGAGGAUGCCAAGCAGCUGAUCCGCCUCCUGCUGAAGACAGACCCCACAGAGAGGCUGACCAUCACACAGUUCAUGAACCAUCCCUGGAUCAAUCAAUCGAUGGUGGUGCCACAGACCCCACUUCACACGGCCCGAGUGCUUCAGGAGGAUAGAGACCACUGGGAUGAGGUCAAGGAGGAGAUGACCAGUGCCCUGGCAACCAUGCGUGUGGACUAUGACCAGGUGCAGAUCAAGGACCUGAAGACCUCUAACAAUCGACUGCUCAACAAGCGGAGAAAGAAGCAGGCAGGCAGCUCCUCAGCCUCACAGGGCUGCAACAACCAGUAGCUCAUGGGGCCUUGGAUGAGCUGGGCCUCUUGGUGUGGCGUAUAGAUCCGAGUGUGCUGUGGCCCUGACCCAGAGGGCCUGGGGUCAUUAUUUGUAACAAAAGGAUCGUUUUUUGUUGUGUUUUAAUUUGUCACUUGGAACAUCAGGAUGGGAGACCUUGACUCCAAACCUCAUUAGACAGGGCCCAGAGCCUGGGAGUUAGGGAGCCACCUGCCUCAGCUGCAGAGACUUUGGCCAGAGUGGCCCCAGUGAGACAUAGGUCUGUUCUGCGCUGGGACAUGGCCUUAGACUUCUAGGCUACUGGGGGUUGUGGCAGGCUUCCCUCCUCCCAUGGAGAUACCCCCUCUGUAGGGUAGGCAGAUGGGCCUGGCCUUGGGAAAGGCAUCUGGCCAUUGGUUGCUAUGGUGACCAGGGACUGAGUUGCUGUCUCUGAAUGCUGAGUAAGAGAGUAAGGGAGGGAGAAGGGCCAAUGGAGGGUCCACCUCUGCCUCCUUGGAGAGGUUUGUCUCCCUCACACUACUUGCCCCUCUCAGGAUUCCUCCCUCUGGUCUCCUCGAGGCACCAGGGUCAGUCUGCCUGCCUCGCUGGGGGGUCCAGCCCUAUCUUGCUGCAACCCCAUCCCACAGGCCCCUUGGAGCUCUCUCUCUGCAGAGUCCCUGGGCCUAGUGAUCCUGUUACUACCCCUUACCCAAAGAGUGGCUUCUCAUCUCAGGUGAGGGUGGGAGGUAUUUUUAACCCUUUUCUACUUUGGAAACUGUCACUGUGACAAAAGCCAGCACAGUUCUGCCCCCACCCGCUUACCGGAUCCCAGGCAGGAAAGCUUCUCUCUGUAACAGUUCAUCCUCCACCUUGUCCUGGUUGAUGGCAGGGACUGUCUCUUGGUGUAGUUUUUUGAGGGUGGAUGGCUGAGGACAGGACCAAGAGGCUUCCCGUUAAUCAGGAGUCUCUUUCUACACUCCAGGUCAGACCUGAGGCAGUAGAGGGCUGCUGAGUGAUGCUUAGAAGGUCUGGUUCUGGGUCCUGGCUUCAGCCUCAGUGGGACAAGAGAGGACCUUCCUUGCUGGUCCAGGUUUACCCAGGCCCACACUGCCCAGAGUAGCCUCAGGGUUCUCAGUGCCAGAUAUGGACCUGACAAGUGCCUGAUACACAUCCUGGUUCCUGACCCCUCUCUCUGGCUGGGAAGCCCUAGACCACAUCAGAUAGGAAAACACCACUGGGGUUUACAUCUAGAUAUUAAUAAACACCAUUCUGGCAU